UCCCUCUCCCCCCCCAUCCCCAGGCCUGUGCUUGGAGCCUGAGACGCCCAGGUGGAAGAAACCGUGACUGCGGAGGCCAAAAUCGGGGUGAAAUCGGGAAGGUGAUAACAGCCACCCUUCCCGCACUGCCUUCGGAGCUCGGCACCGAGUUAUGCUUCAUCUGACAGCGAGCUGGGGCGUGUUCGGGGGCUGUCGCCAUGUCUCUGUGCCAAUGCACGGUGAAGCACAGCGAGUCGGAUGCCGAAGGCUGUUGCUUCUUGGCGAGCAGUGGCUUGAAGGUUUGCCUGCACUGGAGUGGCGAAGAGGAGCAGGAGCGGUGCCAGACCUACGCCCAGGGCACACUCAGCGCCGAGGAGAUCUGCAUCGACCUCGCACGAAGGAUCGGCAUCACGCCGCUGUGCUACAGCCUCUUCGCCCUCUAUGACACCCAGAGCCGAGUCUGGCUCCCGCCCAACCACCUCUUCAAAAUCAGCAAAGACACCAACCUCAACCUGCUUUUCCGCAUGAGGUACUACUUUCGGAAUUGGCAUGGGAUGAACGACAAGGAACCAGCGGUUUAUCGCAAUGUGCCCCGACAGAGCGAUUCCCCCGAUGAGAAGCUGCAAGGAGGAGCCUUGCUCGACAAAUCGUCCUUCGAGUAUCUGUUUGAGCAGGGGAAAUUUGAAUUCAUCAAUGACGUCGCGUCUUUGAAAGACCUCCAGACUGAACAGGAGAUCCAGAGGUUCAAGAACGAAAGCUUGGGCAUGGCCGUGCUUCACCUCUCGCACAUCGCCAUCAAAAAAGGCAUCUCCCUUGAGGAAGUGGCCAGAAAAUACAGCUUCAAGGACUGCAUCCCACGUUCCUUCUACCGCCAGAUCCAGCAGAACAACUACCUGACCAAAUUCCGCAUGAAAAACGUCUUCAAGAAGUUUGUGCAGCGUUUCCAGCGGCACACGGUCAGCACCGGCAAGCUGACAGUGCAGGACAUCAUGUACAAAUACCUGGCUACCUUGGAGCACCUCGCACCUCGCUUUGGGAGUGAGCUCUUCCCUGUGCUCUCCUUGGAGACCUCCUCCGAGGGUGAAAAGGUGCAGCUGUACGUUAACGGGGGACAUUCACAGCUGGAGCACGGGCAGGCGCUGCUCCCCAAGGACCGACCUGUCACCCACGAAGUCCUUGUCACCGGCACAACCGGGAUCCAGUGGCGGCCCGUACCUGUAGAGAGCAUCGAGAACUUCUCCCAUCGUGGGUAUUUUGGGAGGAAGAGCAGAAACAAAGAGCUGGAGCCCAAGGGGCCGACUCAGCCAGCAGAGCGGAGCGAGCCAAAAUGGGUCCAUUUCUGUGAUUUCCGGGAGAUCACACACAUUGUCGUCAAGGACUGUAGGGUCAGCAUCAACCGGCAGGACAACAAGUGCCUGGAAGUGGUUCUCCCAUCCCCUGAGAGCGCGCUUUCCUUGGUUUCACUGGUGGAUGGUUAUUUCCGACUCACGGCUGACUCCAGCCACUACCUGUGUCACGAAGUGGCACCGCCGCGACUCGUGAUGAGCAUCUUGAAUGGCAUCCAUGGGCCCAUGCAGGAGGAGUUUGUUUUUGCCAAGCUACGACGGGAGGAGCAGGAAGAAGGGCUCUACAUCAUCCGCUGGAGUGUCCUUGACUUCAACAGGAUGAUUCUCUCCGUGGUGAAAAGGGGCCACCAGCAGGCUCCUGGGGUGCAGGGAGCCCUCAAGUACAGGCAAUUCCGGAUCCAAAAAAAAGGAAACUCCUUUGUGCUGGAAGGGUGGGACCGGGAGUUUUCCACUUUGCGGGAGCUCUUGGAUGUACUCAAGGGCUGCACGCUCAAAUCUGGCGAUGAAAGCUUCACGGUGAAGAGAUGCUGUCCACCCAAACCAGGAGAGAUUUCGGACCUGCUGAUCAUGCGGAAGGUGAAGGAUAGCACGAAGCAGAUCCUUAACCUGACCCAGCUCAGCUUCCACCAGAUCCGCAAGAACGAGAUCACUCAGCGAGCCCACCUGGGGCAGGGCACCCGCACAAACAUCUACGAUGGGGUGCUCAACGUCUGCGGGACCACCGGGGCUGACGACGAAGCUGAGUAUUUCUCCACCGAGCAGAAUAACAACAGCCGGGAGAUGCACGUGGUCCUCAAAGUCCUGGAUCCCAGCCACAGAGACAUUGCCCUGGCGUUUUUUGAGACAGCCAGCCUGAUGAGCCAAGUGUCGCACGUCCACUUGGCUUUCGUGCACGGAGUCUGCGUGCGAGGUUCCGAGAAUAUCAUGGUGGAGGAGUUUGUGGAACAUGGACCUCUGGAUGUGCUGCUGCGGAAAGAGAAAGGCCGGGUCACCGUGGGCUGGAAAAUCACCGUGGCCAAGCAGUUGGCUAGUGCCUUGAGCUACCUGGAGGACAAAAACCUGGUGCAUGGCAACGUGUGUGCAAAAAACAUCCUGCUAGCCAGGAAGGGGCUGGAAGAUGGAUCCGUGCCUUUCGUGAAGCUCAGCGACCCCGGAGUCAGCUUCACGGUGCUCUCUCGAGAAGAGCGCGUGGACCGGAUCCCCUGGAUCGCCCCGGAAUGCGUCUGGGAUGUGGGAAACCUCAGCACUGCAGCUGACAAAUGGAGCUUUGGCACCACGUUGCUGGAAAUCUGCUUCGACGCCGAUGUCCCACUCAAGGAGCGCACUCCUUCGGAGAAAGAACGUUUCUAUGAGAAGAGACAUCGCCUGCCCGAGCCGUCCUGCAAGGAGCUGGCCACCCUCAUCUGUCAGUGCCUGAACUACACCCCCGUCGAGCGGCCGUCCUUCCGGACCAUCCUGCGGGAUCUCACCCAGCUCCAGCCGCACAACCUGGUAGACGUCACCUCGGUGAACCCCGACUUCCCGGUGUCGGACCCCACCGUCUUUCAGAAGCGUUACCUGAAAAAGAUUCGGGAGCUGGGGGAGGGUCACUUUGGCAAGGUGAGCCUGUAUUGCUAUGACCCCACGAACGACGGGACGGGGGAAAUGGUGGCCGUCAAAUCACUCAAAUCUGGCUGCAGCCAGCAGCUGCUGACCAGUUGGAAGAGGGAAAUCGAGAUCCUCAAGACGCUUUAUCAUGAAAACAUUGUCAAGUACAAGGGUUGCUGCAGUGAGCAGGGAGAGAAGAUCGUGCAGCUGAUCAUGGAGUACGUGCCCCUCGGCAGCCUGCGCGACUACUUGCCCAAGCACAACGUCAGCCUGGCCCACAUCCUGCUCUUCGCCCAGCAGAUCUGUGAGGGCAUGGCCUAUCUGCACUCCCUCCACUACAUCCACAGGGACCUUGCUGCUCGCAACGUGCUGCUGGAGAAUGAAAAUGUGGUGAAAAUCGGGGAUUUUGGUUUAGCCAAAGCCAUCCCCGAGGGCCAUGAGUAUUACCGUGUCUGCGAGGAUGGGGACAGCCCCGUCUUUUGGUACGCCGUGGAGUGCCUCAAGGAGUGUAAGUUUUACUACGCGUCCGACGUCUGGUCCUUCGGGGUGACUCUCUAUGAGCUCCUGACCCGCUGCGACUCCAGCCAGAGCCCUCCCGUGAAAUUCAUCGAGAUGAUCGGGGCGACGCAGGGGCAGAUGACAGUGCUGCGGCUGAUUGAGCUGCUGGACAGGGGGAAGAGGCUGCCAAGUCCCAAGGACUGUCCUUGCGAGAUUUACCGGCUGAUGAAGAACUGCUGGGAAGCAGAGGCUUCCUUCCGCCCAGCCUUCCACAACCUCGUCCCCAUCCUCAAGAACUUCCACGAGAAAUACCGGGCUCAGGCUCCCUCCGUCUUCAGCCUCUGCUGAGCCAGAUUGCUGCCAGGAUUGGGGUGGGGGGACAUCCCCAAAACGCCAUGACCAGAUGCCAACACUGCUUUCUGGUUUUCCCGACGGCUUUUUGGCACGGGAUGAGGAAACGUCGGGCUGUCACGGUGAGCGUCUGGCAGAGCAGCACCUGGGGUAGGGGGGAACCCCCCCUUCUCCGUGGGACACCCCCCAGCCAUGCCGUGUCCAUCCCGCUCCAGAUCCCCGGCCAUCCUGUGCCUGUCCUUACUGCGCGGCACAGCACGCUGCGGCAUGCUUCUCCCGCCGAACACUGUGAAUGAGACUGUGGGGAAGGCAGCGGGGGGGGGCAG